AUGAAUCCAGAAAUUCAGGGUGAGUACGUUCCAGUAGUCACUAGAAACCCUGGGGUGGGAACCGGCUGGAUUUAUAGCCGGUCGCAAACAGAACUGGAAGAGUUCUCAGUCGAGUUCGGGUUCGACACGGCGAACCAACUCGACGAUUUAAAACAGAAUUUCGCGACGUUCAUUGCGAAGGCAUUGCAGCGCGAAACUUGGGCUCGGUUGGCGGAUCUCGAACGGCAUUAUACGUCGAAAUUCGUACCGGCCCCAGUUCCUGAGUCUGGACAAUUGCCGCGCACAUCGAUGACGGGUGCGCCGCGCGAUUUCCAGAUACCCGGAACUGCUUCGCCUGCAUAUCUCUCGCCCAUUAAUGAUCGGCUGUUCCCAAAUUGGCAACCAAAGCCAAACCCAUCGACCGCAAGUCGCGCAAUACGCUUCGAUGAACCCAACCAGAACCGGCCCACAGCAGGCAACGUUACGGCCUCAAUGGGCGCAUACGCCUACCGCUGCAACAGAUGGCCGCUACGGAAACACGAGACCAACAACAUUCGAGACGCCACGCAAUCCGUUCCGACAACGACCGAUGCCGCGGCUGGAACCACCGACGAUGACGUUGGCGGUGCCGGGAAUGCGGCAAGCCGGAGAAGAAGCACAACCAAGGUCACAUCGCCGCGCCCUGCACCAGCCAAGAAUACAAGCGUACCCGUCACUAGCCGGCAGGCCAUAGAGAGGUGUUGUCAACAGCAUGAAGAUGACAAUGAGGAGAACAAGGAACCACAGAGUCCCUCAACGACCACGACUACGCAGGCCAGCCCCUUCGACGUCACUGAAUUGGCUGAAGAACCCGAGGAACCAGAUUACGACUCGAUGGAGAGAAAUACUGGAAGCAGUGCGUGGCAAUCGUCGCCGGAGCAGGAUUGGGAGGACGACAAGUCUACGUCCCCAUACCUUCCCCAAGACCAGGACGGCCAGUCACCAGAUGACCCGUCCCCAGCCAGCAGCGCUCCCAACAACGAGUGGCUGUCCUCAUCGGAGCCAGAGAACGACGACGACCAGUCACCAGAUGACCCGUCCCCAGCCAGCAGCGCUCACGACAACGAGUGGCUAUCCUCAUCCGAGCCGGAGAACGACGACGGCCAGCCCGACGAACGAUUCAGGACAACACUGCAGCGGGAUGAGUGGGACUGGCAAGAGUCACCACCACCUCCCAGCUCGGAAAGCGACACCCCACCGGAACGGCACUAUCCCGACAAUGUGCGCGAGGUGUACGACGAGGACGCACCACCUCACCGCGGCUUUCGAGGCCCCACAUAUCCGCCACGGUUCCAGGGCCAUCAAGACGGCGGCUCCUACUCCAGGUCACCAAAGCCGGAACCCCGACGCGACCCAAGGAGCGGACGAGGGGUAUACAAGCCCGCCGAGCCGCAGACUGAGCUGGAGCAUUACACAGCCAGUCCGGCCAGCGAGUCCAGCAGCGACGACGAGCAAGUCUAUUACCAGGAAGUGGUAGCAUCCGCCGAAAACUACCAGCACAUCACCACUCCCUAUGGUGCCCGAGUGACCCGCAACACCACCACUACUGUGGAUAUCUUCCUACCCCCGGGAGAGACGAUGAGUUCAAUGUUCAACGUACCGAGAGAGUCACGGCAAGCACUCAGGGGUCGUGAGGAGGCUCGAUGCAUGCGCGUCGAGCUGGAAGCGACCACCGAUGACCGGACCAGCAACCGACAACCAGAAGCGGCAAACUACACGCGGAACAACCGCAACGACAGUUCCCAGCGUCAACCAAGGCGGAACACCUCACCCGAGACUGUCCAACGGCCUACCUGGGAGCCGGCAACAUCGGACGAAGAGGACAACCGUCCCCUCUUUCGUCGGCGGUACUCACGAGCCCCGACCAACGCGACCACCAGCGAAGCAGCACCAGCAGAGUGGGUUGUGGCACCGACGGGAUGGAAGGUCGACACGAAGGACCGGAAAAUACCCCAGGCCCUGGUCGAGGACGUCAUGUCAGGGAUGCACAAGCGCACCCGGGCCCGUUACUCCAAAGAACUGGACGGGCAACGAUUCCAA